AUGGCCUCAUAUUUCAUGCAAAACCUCGAAGUCAACGGCCUAGACUCACUGAGCAAUUUGGAAACUGAGCGCGAUGAGCGCAAAUUAUGCUAUAUCAGCCUCAUCAUGCUCCGCAAUCUGCAGGGAUCUUUCCAACCGCUUCAUCCCAGAGAGACCCCAAGUCCAUUGGGUGAAAAUGGUGAACCGUCUUCGUCAUUGGGGUCCAUGAUAUCCAACAUGGAUACCGCAUGGCGUGCCAGCAGCUCCAAACCGGAUAUGGGAAUUGUCGGCACGAACAUCUACACAAGUGAGUUAUGGGCGUUGGCUUGCAAUUACGCAGCCAGCCCCGUUGGCAUUGAUGUCCAUCCCCCGUGGUCGCCGCACUCCGACUACGCCAUGAUCCAUUUCCAACACUGUGAACACGAGAGUCUCAUGCCGCUCAGAUUCAGACUCCAUGCAAGUCCCUUCCAAGACCAUCCCCCGGCUGAGCUCCAGGCUCAUCGUGACUACUGGAGCCCGUGGCUGUUCUUCCAGAUGGUUUGGCAUGCGGUCCCUUGUCUUAUUAAUCAUCCCUUUCUUCUUUCUAUGCGCCUUCGGAGUUUUCGCAGAACUAUGCCUCAGUCGUUCCUUCGCAACUCGUUCGAGCAGCUGACAUUUCAUUCUGGCUGGAUUCUGCAUUUUGUUGAGCUUAUCAGUGCGAAAGAAUUUGAGGUCUCCGAUCCUACCAUAGGCCAUUGUGUCGCUAUCGUUGCUACGAUCUAUCUCCAGCAUAGCUUUGUGGAGGAUCAAACUUUUAACCGAAAGGCCCAGACAGGUUUCGAAAAAUGUCUCAUGUUUCUCCAGAAUAUGGGACGUCGUUGGCCACAUAUAGACCGCCAGGUCCAACAACUACAACAGCUCAGGGAUAGUGUUUCUCCCGGAGGGCCCACGACGGGCAGUGGUGUGUCUGGGGGAUCAAACCAGCGCCAAAUGUGGUCCGUCAACUUACGGCUACUCUGGAAAAUCUUGGUAUAUGCCCACGCGAGCAAGUUGUCAGACUCCAACAGCGACAUCUUCGGCCCAGAACUUGCUAAGGUCAGCAUUGGAAGCUCAGGCGACCAUUCUUCUAGUGAUAUUAUCGAUCGAGAUUUCACCCUGAUUGGAUCUGCGGGUAUCUCAGGCCAUAAGACAGUAGCUGCUGAAUGUGUCACUUAUCCCCCCGAGCAGACUGAGGACCUGGUACAAGCACCGGGGCAGAUCGCGCCUACGAUGGACCUCUCAGGGCUUCCCGGAGAUCCAAAUCUAGAGUUCACAACUGGAGAUGGGCUCUAUCUCCAGAUGCAGGAUUAUGGCAGAGCAUUUGAAGAUUGGUUGAGUGUCAAUCCAACAUGA